GGUGCAUCACGGUCCUUUCCUCGACAACAGGCAGUCUCGUGCUUCCAUUCUCGAAGAAGUUUUGCUGGCGAAUCCUUUUCUCUAGCAGCCAUGCCCGGUGCUCUGAUAUUCAUACUUUCGGUGAUGUUUGUCUCUGUUUGCAAGGUACAAGAAGUCGGCGGUAACAAUAAUGAUACAACAAAAAGUAAUGAAAUAUUAUCUACGCCGGUUUCAACUCUUUCGGGAGAAGACUUUGUUAAUGACGACGAAUAUGAAGAUUAUACAACAAGUAUUGAAUCUUCUACGACGGUUUUUAAUUUGUCAGGGAUGUCUUAUGGACACUCUACAACUAGACAGACAUUGAGCAAGAAGCUGAGUACUCAUGGCCAUUCUAAUGAAACCUCGACUGUUGAAGCAUCUCAUGGUAAAGGCUCAACUGCUGAAACCACUCAUCAUAGGUCUGGUGUCCAUAAAAUCUCGACACCUAACAACUCGACCACUAAGAACAAAGACUCACACCAUAAUGCUUCGACUCAUGUGGGGCUCAUUAUUGGGAUUACAGUGCCUGUACUUCUCCUCGUCGUAGUCAUUGCUGUAUUCUUUCUAAGAUGUCUUUGCAAAACAAAAAAGGUAGACCUCAAAGAACAUGUUUAUGCUGUUGAUGGAGGAGACGAAAACAUGAGACGGCAAUACAUUGGCAAUGAACAGCAAAAGGCAGUGGGCACAGAACAGGAUCCCAUGAUUGUUCGUCUGGACCAUACAGCACCCCUGAGUGAUAGUGGAGACUACAUCAAACUUCAAAGCUUCCGAGAUGAGUGCCUAAGCAUCCCAGAUGCAGAGCAGACAGAUAUGAAUAUUAAUGGGGAUCAGGUUGAGCCUCCUUGUAUAAGUCACACUGACAUAGUCACUUAGAGAUGACCUUUGACUCAUUUUGUAUAGUCUUCGCGACGAGGCUGUAAUCCACGUAGGACAGGAUGCCAAUGAUGAAUUAUUCAUGUUGACAGUUUGGACACACUGGCAGUUGGAUUAGAGUUCAAACAUCAAGAGCAAAGUAUUACAGACUCGAAGUAAUAUCGAAAGGAACACAGAGGUCUUCCAGCAAGUUACCCAUUAUAUCAAACUCUUGGAAAUAAGAUUAUUAUUUUAUGAUUUAAAUAUGAACCAUGAAAUCGAAAUACUGACAAAAAUAACACUAUGUCCUGAUAUAUAUAUAUAUGCUGCUGCUGCUGCUGAUGAUGAUGAUGAUGCUGCUGCUGCUGCUGCUGCUGCUGCUGCUGAUGAUGAUGAUGAUGAUGAUGAUGAAAGUAAUGUUUACUUUGCUACUAGGUUUUUAUCAGAAACAAACGACUCAAACAUCUGCUCCAAAGAUUAUAUUUAUCUGUCAAUAUUUUUAGAUACUCUUUGCAUUUACUGCAUUAUGUUUUUUGCUCUAAACACAAUUUCGUUUCGAAAAAGUAUUUUUUUUCUUAUUUUAUUAUUUUGGAAUGUAUUUGACUGAUAUUUUUUUUCAGUUGCACACAACUUUGCAAGUAAUUAACAUUAGCAAAGUAUAUCCUGUUAUGCAAGAAGUUUCAAAUUGUUUAAGUUUUAUUGUUUGCUUACAUUUUAUGCAUCUUUGACACUUAUUUUUAAAUUUCGAUUUACGUGAAUGCAUAUAUAUCAGCAUCAAAGAAUGUUAAAUGUAAAAUCUUUUUAAUUUUUUAAAAGUGAGAUGGAAUUAAGAUUUGUAACUGAUACUGCGCUUGUGAUGGGUGUAUGCAAAUGUGUCACAAUGUAACAUACGUUGUAAAAAUUUAAUUGCUGAUUGAGUAUUCAUUAAACAAUCAUAUGUUUUCAGUAAUAUAAAUAUUAAGAUGUAUAGUUUUUUCACUUACGAGUUGUGUGCAAGCAAUAAAUAAAUUAUUUAUUAACCA